AUGUCCAAAAAUGAUAAACACGAUUUAAAAGUGCUAAGAGUUCAAUGUGAGCCCCUCACUUCUGAGAGCGAAGAUGAUCCAGAAAUGGAUACUAUUGAGAUGUGUAGUCGAAAACGUGCUAGCAGCGGGAAUGGUUCGUUUAACUCCCCUCCCGCUAGCAAACGUAAGCCGAAGGCUACGGAAACGGCAAGUGUUAGAAGCAAAGUUAUGACUUCUCUUAGAGGCAUUAUCUCGGAAAUUCAGGCCACCUGUCUGGACCGAGAAAACAAGAUAACAAAAUGGGCUGCUGAAAAGGUGUUGGAACAUGUGGGCGCCCUCCAAGAUCUAGUUGUAGAGCUCUUAACAGAGCAUGAAAAGCUUCAAGGGAAGCUUGAAAAGCAAGCAGAACUGUCGAUUUCAAAUCACUCAACACAACUUACGCACAGCUAUGCGGAAAUGGCCAAAAAAGCCACACCGACAAGUGGAAGUAAGGCGGUCACGCCAAAGAAAAGACCGCAGAAAAUCCUAUUUGUUCGGCCCGAGGCCCCGGGCGACGCUAAGGACAGUGACGAGAUUAAAACAAAGUUUAUACAUGCCAUAGAUCCACGAAAGGAAGGCAUAAGAUUUCGUCAGAUACGUAAACUCCGUACAAAAGGACUAAUGGUUCAAGUAGAAACAGAUGAGGACGCACGUAGACUCCUCCAAAACAAUAAGCUAAAAGAAAUUGGUCUCAAGACAGAGCCAUUAAACAAACGCAAUCCACGUGUCAUAAUAUAUGACGUACCUCGAAACAUAGAUGACGGGGAAUUACCAGAAGUCAUUCAAUCAAUGAAUCCAGAAAUCUUUGUCUGUAAGGAUAGGAAACAUGAGCUAAAACCUCUAUUUAAGACUGGGAAAAGACGUGACGAGCAAGUCAACUGGGUAAUGGAAGUGUCGCCGGAACUCAGAUUGAAGCUACUGGGACAUGAAAGAUUAUUUAUUGAUUACUAUAGCUGCAAAGUUAAAGACUAUAUAGCCGUUAGCCGUUGCUUCAAGUGCCAAAGCUUCGGACACGUUGCAAAAUUCUGCAGGGACUCGGCGGAUACCUGUUCGCAUUGCACAGAAGAAGGGCACAAAUUCUCGGAUUGCCCUAGGAAAAAAGAGGCUGCAAAGUGUGCGGCCUGCAAAAUGAUAGGUAAACCACAUAACCACAGCAGAAAUAGCAAACAGUGUACGUCGUACAAGGUAGCCAUAGAGAAAUACCUUAAUACCAUCACAUAUGAAUAA